AGACAAUAUUACUGUGAACAACAUCAGCAACAAGUGUGCUCUAGAUGUUAUGACUCCCGCCACUUCGAUUGAGAAGCGCAGAAAAUUUUGUGCUCACGGGAAGUUGAUGAUGCUGUGAGGCUUCUCAAUGUCUUCAUUGCUUCAUUGAAUGUGAAGGCCAAACAGCACGACUUCAUCUCUACUAUCAGCGGGUUAAAGGAAACCUUAGAUAUAAUCUUUGAGAUAUUUGUAGACUUCGAGAAGAGAGCAAAAGAGGUUAUCAGCCAAGACCAGUUUCUCAAGUAUCCAUCUCUUAUCCAAGAAGCCAGGAAGAUUAAGUCAGAUAUCAUGAAUGGAGAAUUUCAUGCAGACCAGAAGAACCAAAAUCCAAUAUUUCAGUUAUUUUAUAAAAGCGAAAUAGUUAAUCUCUCUUUGGGAUAUUUCGCUCCCAAGACAGGCAAGCUAAAUAUCUAAUUUGAUUUAGGCCGUGAUUGCCCUGAAAAGGACGAGGAGUCCAAGAGAGUCCAUCAUCUAUACUCCCAUGGCUUCAAUUCCACUCUCAGAGAUAUUCUAGCUAAACACAAAAAAGAGCUAGAUGUUCAGAAACAAAAAGAGAUUCAAGAGAUAACAACUCUACUUAAUCAGGAACAUCAAGAGAAGUACGACAGAGAUAUUGCGCAACUGAACCAAGAAAUCACAAUAAAAAAUGAAAAGAUUUCGGAUACAGAGGGAAUAAUCAGAGAUCUUAACGAAAAGCUCCAAGCUCAAAAAAAUGAGAUACUAGUAGAGCAACAAUCAAAAUCAGAAGCCUUACAACACCUCAACGAAACGAAAGCCAGAUAUGAUGAACUUGACAGCAAUCACCAGGCUCUUCUAGAAGAGAGCAAGAACAAUCUACAACUCAUCGAAGAGUAUUUAGAAAUGAAAAAGAAAUUUCUAAAACCCUUCUGAGAGAAAACAUACAAAGACGUAAUAGGAAGCACUGUUGACAUGAACUCAUCCUUUAAACUUGAACUUGUUAUGAAUAAUUCAACACAUGUCAAACUAAUUGAAGAAUACGGAUCAAGUAAUAUCAAACUUCCAGAUAUCAAAAAAAUCCAAAUUCAAUAUCUCACAAGCGAAACCUUAGGAAAAGUUAACACUUUCUUAAAGAAUUCAAGUCCUGAUUCACUCGAACUUUUAUGUGUUAAUAAGGGUGGAGAUACUACUUGAAGAGAUGGGUCAACCAUUAUGAGUGGGCUUUUGGAUUGUGGAAGGAAUGUCACCAAAGAAAUUUAUCUGAGAGAACUAGAGUUUAGUUCAGAAAAUCUUGAGAAGGUUGUGAAAAUUUCAAGUCAAACUGAGAGACUGGUUUUUAGAAGAUGCAAGACACAUACUAAAGAUAACAUGGACUUUAACAUAACCGAUAAAGAGUAUAAAAUGAACUUCUUAAGCUUCAACUGCAACAAACAUACCGAAGUAACUCACAACUGGGACUCAAACCCUCACCUAUUCGAAUACAUAAUCAAAGCCAUCAGCCACUGCUCUCUCAAAACCUCCCUCAAAACCCUCAACAUUAACUACAGCCUUAUCACCUCUUCCACUGUAGAAUCCCAGUUAUCCACCUACUCCCUCAACAGUUCAAUCUCAGUUACUACAGAUGAACCAUCAGCCAUAACUUAG